AUGAAGCAAUCGGUAAAUUCGUUUCUGCAACACCUCAUCGUUGAACGCGGUUUUUCCCAGAACACGUUGGACGCGUACAGCAACGACCUGAACCAGUUCCGGGUGUUCGUUGCGGACAACCUGAACUCCGAAGACCAGGAAGUUUGGCGUCUGGUGGACCUCAACCUGCUCAACGCGUACAUCAGUGAACUGCGGGACAACCGCAAGUACCGGGACACCACCACCGCCCGGAAGGUGGCGGCGGUGCGGUCGUUCUUCGGAUACCUGAGCGCAAACGGGAUGAUAACCGAGGAUCCGACGGAAAAUCUGGGCUCGCCACGGGUGGGACGGACGGUUCCCAAGUACAUCUCAGAAGAGGACGUGAAGAGUUUGCUGGCCACGGCAGCGGACACCGGUACGCCGGAAGGGCGCCGGGACGCCAGCAUCCUGGAGCUGCUUUACGCUACAGGAUUGCGGGUGAGCGAGCUGGUGGGGCUGAACGUGCAGGACAUCGAUUUCGAGGAAGGAUUCAUCCGCACCUGGGGCAAGGGUUCCAAGGAACGGAUCGUUUACCUGUACCCGGACGCCCUGUCGAACCUGCGGGAAUACAUCGGUGGAGCCCGCGUUGAGCUCCUGAGCGACAAGCGCGGCGAGACGGCGCUGUACCUCAACCAGCGUGGCGAGCGGCUGACGCGGCAAUGGGUGUGGAACAUCCUGAAAACGGCCGCGAAAGCCGCCGGCGUGGACCCGAAAAUAACGCCGCACACGCUGCGGCACAGCUUCGCCACCCAUCUACUACAGAACGGGAGCAUCCCUGCGCCACGUGCAGGAGUUGCUGGGGCACUCCAGCAUUUCCACGACGCAGGUUUACACGCACCUGACCGAUUCACACGUCCGCGCCGAAUACGAGCGAAGUCACCCACGGGCGUGACGCGGAGGCGGCGGGGCUGUAACAACCUAAAGCCGCGGGGAGCAGAAAAGAGAGCGGCGAGGGUCCGGUUACCCUCGCCGUUGCAGGUUCUUUAUCGCCUCGUCAAUGCGGCGUACCUGCUCGGUAUCCCCGGACGAAAGCCGGUAGCAGCGGUCCAGAUAUAG